GCGAUCAGCACUAGACGGGAUAUUUGAAGAAAAGAUUGCCCAAGAGAUUAAAGAAAGGAAGAAGAGGGAGCUGCAACGGCUAACGGAAGAGAGGAUAGCGGAGAUGGACAUAGGAGAUGGAAAUUUAACAGAACAAGAGAAGGAGCGCGUACUGGAGGUUCUUAAGACUUGUGAUAAGGCCAUAGCCUUUAGCGACGCAGAAAGAGGAAGGAUCGAUCCUAGGUACACCAAACCUGCCAGGAUCUAUACGAUACCGCACACUCCAUGGAAUGACGCAGGGUGGAAGUUUGCUCAGAAGGAGAAGGAAGAAGUAAUUGUCUUUCUAAAAGAGAAGAUGGUGUCACAUGUGGCAGAACCAUCUGAUAGCGCUUACGCGAACAGAUGGUUCUUUUUACGGAAACCUAAUGGGAAAAUCCGUUGGAUUCAGGAUCUUCAAAAGGUGAAUGCGGUCACUAUCCGGGAUGUCGGGUCCAUACCGCAUGUGGAUCUAUUAGCGGGGGGGGCUGCAGGUAGAUCUAUCUACUCCGUCUGCGAUCUAUUCUCAGGUUAUGAUGAGAUACCUCUAGACCCUAGAGAUAGACACCUUACUGCCAUUCAUACGCCUCUCGGACUAGUGCAGAUGAUGGUUGUGCCGAUGGGCUGGACCAAUGGGGUUGUUGUCUUUCAGAGAGCUAUGGUAGUUGUUCUGAAAGACUUCAUUCCUGAUAAAGUUGAAGUCUUUUUAGACGACUUCCGAUUAAAAGGGCCAGUACUGAAAGAUGAGACGGAGGUUGCUCCUGGUGUCAGGAGAUUCGUGGAGCAGCACUUGACAGAUAUCUACGCGGUCCUGGAACAGCUAGAUGAUGCUAAUCUAACGAAGGACUUCAGUCUGACCGACCCCACUAUCGCGCGAUGGUUGAUCAGGAUUCGACUCUACGACUAUACUGUAGAAAGGAUCUCGGGCACGAAAAAUGCGGUAGUCGAUGGACUCUCACGAAUUCCAAUUGAGGCGGAGCGCCCGAUAGUUGUUGCAGCACUGACCAUGACUGAGCCUAGACGAACAGAUCGCUUCCUAGUCAACCUUUAUGAAGGUAAGUAUCGGAUGAUCGGGCUGCAUCUGUCGGGAGAAGAGAGUGCAUAUUUAGAGAUCAGGAGACAGGCGGGUCAGUAUUGCCUUAGAUCUGGACAUUUAUUUCGCAGACCCACAGGGUCAGGGAUGCCUCUGCGAGUGGUCUGUGAUCCCGAGGAGAAGCAGGCGAUAGUAGCGGAACUUCACGACGGCGUAGUUGGUGGGCAUAAAGGAGUAAAAGGGACAUAUGAGAAGGUUCACAGGCUAUACUGGUGGGAAGGUCAAUACAAAGACGUUGAAAAGUACUGUGUGACUUGUGAAGAGAGUCAGAAGAGAUCUCCUGUAAGGUACAAAGAGCCGCAUCCUUCCUAUCCGACUAGACCAGGUGAGAAGGUACAUAUAGACCUAGUGAAGAUGCCGAAGGGGGUAGGGAACAUGAACUAUGGCGUGAACAUCAGAGAUGACUUCGUUGGAUUUGCGGACGGAAAGCCUAUCAGAACAAAGGCAGCCAGCGAGGUAAAAAACUUUGUUCAUGAAUAUCUGUCUAGAUACGGGUGCGUCAGUAGGAUUGUGAUGGACAGAGGAGUGGAGUUCCUAGCGGAUGAGGUCCAAAAUGUCUUCAAGAAAGCGGGGGCUAGAGUAUCGAUAGCCACUGCCUACCGCCCUCAAUCUAACGCACCUGUGGAGCGCGACCAUCAGUCCUUGAUAGCUUCGUUGUCCAAGUGGUGUAAAGUUAAAGCCGGGGUUAGAGAGUCUAUAUGGUCGUUCCAACGAAUGACCGUCAUGGACGAAAUGRACCAUGACGUGAUCCUCGGGCGCCCGUGGURUGCGAACGUASARAUGAUCGGGAUGCAUCUGCACGACGGCGCCUACAUGGYAGACAUAGAGGACCCGGUGACAGGACGAGGCGAGCUGCUUCGCCUUAUGGGAACCGGGGGAGACACGCCAAAAGGGAAGCUCGCAACCUGGUCACCCUCCUUUGAGGAGAGCGCUAGAAAGGGGGCUUUCGCACGCAUGGAAGGGAUGAGAGAGAGGGUGGAAAUUAUGAUCGAAGAGGCCUUUAGUAAGAAAGAAUGGGUCAAGAUGGGACUCCCGAUGAAGAAACCUAGGGUAGACGAAGACGCCCUGGGAGUCAUGGUAGUAGAGAAGGAAACAAAGGUGGAAUUGGGAGCCAGUUUGCCCAAGCACGGGGAGAUCCGGGAUAAGAAGGAUAAGGUCACACUAGAAAUCUCGGACUUACUGCAACUUGUCAAAGCAAUCAGAAAGAUCCCGGAAGGAAGCGUUCGGAGGUAUAAGCCCGUAGGAAAGAAGGCGAAGCCGGACUCCAUCCUACUCGAGAUGACUAAGGAGGAGGCCAUGGAAAAGGAGGAGGAGGUUCUUCGGGUAAUUAGAGAAAGGAGGGUGGCAGAAGGACAUAGGAUACCGGAUGAGGUGGCCCAAACCAUGAAGAUCGGAGUAAAGGGUUUUCUGACGGAGCAAGAAACACAGGCAAUCAAAGAAGUAUGCCAAGAAUCUCACCUAGCAUUCGCUUUCAAUGACCAUCAGGAAGGGCGCCUGGACGCUAAGUUGAUCCCACCAGUCAGGAUCCACACGGUCGAGCAUGAGUGUUGGAAUGACAAGGGACCGGCCUACGACUUUGGGAUCGUAGGAGAAGUGACGGAGCUCCUUAGGGCAAAAAUGGACUCCUUCGUGGUAGAACCCACCGCGUCUCCUUAUGCCAACAAGUGGUUUGUAUUCCGCAAGCCCAACAAGUCACUUAGGUGGAUUCAGGACCUGCAAAAGUUAAAUGCUGUCACCAUCCGGGAUGCGGGAUCGUUGCCGCAGGCAGAUUUCCUGGCCGAAUCCCAUGCCGGAUGCAGUAUUUACUCCUUGAUAGAUCUGUACUCAGGAUACGACCAGCUCCCGUUGGACGCACGAGAUAGGCCCUACACGGCUAUGCAUACGCCAGUAGGACAGUUGCAGAUGCAGGUCAUGCCUAUGGGAUUUACUAAUGCGGUAGCAGAGGCACAGAGGAGGAUGCUCGCGGUGGUCGGGGACAUGUUCCCAGACAAAUGUGAGCCCUACAUUGACGACAACCCUGUCAAAGGAGCACGGGAGAAGGAUGAGACCGAAGUCCAGCCGGGGAUAAGAAAGUUUGUUUGGGACCACCUGCAGGAUAUUAGAGAGCUGCUGCGAAGAUUCCUAGAAUACAACAUAACCGCUAGCGGUCCGAAGAGUAUCCUGGCAGUUCCAGAAUUCGAUUAUAAGAUUGAGCACAUAGCCGACCUUAGGAAUCGAGCAGAAGGACUGAGCAGGGUGGCUCUCACACCCGAAGGGCUAGAAAAGGCAGAGCCGAUCGACGCGUUCCUCGACUACGAGGGCGGGACGCUGGUAGUAGACAGCGAGAUGGCCGGAACCACUUGCACAACUGGGGAGCUAUUGAUCAAAGCACUCGAAAAGGGGCCUCCGACAGUGGUUGCCGAGUUAAGGGAAGGAACGGUCACCAGAGUUGGAAGGAGGGAAGAGAAGGACGCCUUAGGCAGUGUUGUGAAGCCCCGGGAUGAACAAAUUGCACUAGCCAUUGAGGGAGGCUGGAGAAGGGUUAUGAGCAUGAUGAAGUCUCAGAAGCCGGAGAUGCAGCACUAUCAGGCCUAUCAGGUGGAUAAUAAUCAGACGGGUACUCAGGAAGAAGAGCAGUUCUUCCUCAUCAAGUCAUAUGAAGGUUUGUUCAGAGAAAUUGGGUUGCUACUGGUGGGAAACAAGGAACCCCACGAGGUUAGUCCUAAAGCUAGGGAGGAAGCGGAUAGGUAUGUGCUUAGAAGGGGGCACCUAUUCCGAAAGGAGGAAGGCCUGACGCCCAGGAGAGUAGUCUGUGGAAGGUUGCGACAACUCGACAUUAUUCAGGCCAUGCAUGACGGAUUGGCCGGUGGCCAUCGCUCAUCCAAAGGGACCCUAGCCAAGAUAACGCCGCUCUAUUAUUGGCCGGGAAUGGCAUCGAUGGUAGCCACGUACUGCCAGACCUGCAAAAUCUGCCAGGAACGAAGCACGGUCUGUAUUUUCGAGCCACUUAGACCCACCCGCGUGCUGGGGCCAGGGCAUAUGGUACAUCUCGACCUGGCAGUCAUGCCGAUUUCCAGAAAAGGGUACAGGUACAUAAAUGACGCAAGGGAUAACCUUAGUGGGUUUGUCGAGGCAACCGCGCUCAAGAAGAAAACUGGGUUUGCAGUUGCAGACUGGGUGGAGGACUUUUAUCUGAGGCACCCGUUCAUCAGGAGAUUCAUAGCCGACAAUGGGACUGAGUUUGUGAACGAGGACGUCCUGAAUACCUGCAAGAGGCUUGGCGUACCGAUCAAAUUGACAGAACCAUACCACCCUGAGGCCAAAGCGCCAGUCGAGCGAGGGCACCAAACGCUUAAGAACACGAUUGCAAAGUUGGCAGCAGAUGACCUUGGGAACUGGCCGGACUAUCUCAGACACGCGGUAUUUGCUGAGAAUAUGACACCAAAAAGGACGACGGGAUGCAUCCCGGUAGAGCUAUGGUAUGGCAGGGAGAUUGACUUUCCGGUAGAGGCCCUAGUACCCACCUGGAACAAAUUGGAAGAUGACCCUCAUCUGACUACGGAACAAUUGAUUGAGGCAAGGUGUGAACAAGCGGCCAGGAACAAGGAAGCCUUGGAAGAAAUAACUCACAAGGUACUAGACAGUCGCAUGAAGGACAAAACCAGGUGGGACCAGUUGAAGAACAUCCGGAAGGAGCCUUUGCAGGUCGGGGAGAUGGUCCUAGUCAGAAAUUCGGGACUAGAAACUACAUGGUCAGGCCAGUUGGGGCGGCGAUUCAAGGGACCUUACCGUAUUGCAAGAAAAUUGGGUGUGAGCACGUUUGAGAUUGAGAACCUAGAUGGGAUCACUAUAAGGGGGUCAGUCCCUGCGCAACGACUGGUCAGGUUUCUCACUAGGGAUCUGGUGGAACAAUGGCUGCAAGAAGCCCAGGAUUAGGAGGCGGAAGACUAAGGCCGCUCAGGACAGUGGCAAGAGGCCUACUUAUCGCUUGUGCUUCUGGUUGUUGUCUUUUGUUUUUUGUGUGUUUCUUUCCUUUUGACGGCCUGGGUGUGCACGAGUCGCAUGGGAAAACGUGCGAUUCGGCGGGGGKUUUCUGCAUCAUAGUUUUUGUGGGAUACUGGGAUGAGCAAUGGGGGAUGGGACAUUGUACCAUAAGACAUGGCAUUGGAGGGGCGUUGGGAAAAGGGGGCGAGGUGGUCGGCUGUUCCUCCUUUUUUUUCUUCUUCAUGCCUUUCUGCUUCCAUGGGAGCGACCGGGAUUCGGGGACACGUGUGGGCAGAGCCUGGGAUGAGUGUCACAAGGGAAUGGGUUGGGGCCUUCUCAUGUCUUGUGUCCUAACUUUCAGGUAUAGAAGUCAGGCGGACCAAGAUGGCACCCAACAACGAGAACAAUAUUAAUCAAGCAAACAUCAAUGU